AUAGUCAGAAGUCUUAGUAAAGGGAACAGGUAACUUUUGGCUAUUGUCUUUUACAUAGAAGCCUACCAAGGACAGGAGGUGCUGCAGGAUUCCCAGGUGGGAAAAUGAAGAGAGUUUUGGUUUUCCUGCUUGCUGUAGCAUUUGGACAUGCUCUUGAAAGAGGCCGAGAUUAUGAAAAGGAUAAAGUCUGCCAGGAACUGGCUAGUCUGGGAAAAGAUGACUUCAGAUCUCUGUCACUAGUCCUAUAUAGCAGAAAAUUUUCCAGUGGCACAUUUGAACAGGUCAGCCAGCUUGUGAAAGAAGUUGUCUCCUUGACCGAAGACUGUUGUGCAGAGGGGGCUGACCCUGACUGCUACGACACCAGGACCUCAGCACUAUCUGCCAAGUCCUGUGAAAGUGACUCUCCAUUCCCAGUACACCCAGGAACUCCUGAAUGCUGUACCAAAGAGGGGCUUGAACGGAAGCUCUGUAUGGCUGCCCUGAAACACCAGCCACAAGAAUUUCCUACCUAUGUGGAGCCAACAAAUGAUGAAAUCUGUGAAGCAUUCAGAAAAGAUCCAAAGGGAUUUGCUGACCAGUUUUUGUAUGAAUAUUCCAGUAAUUAUGGACAAGCUCCUCUGCCACUUUUAAUUGGUCACACCAAGAGUUAUCUCUCUAUGGUAGGAACCUGCUGUACCUCCGCAAGCCCAACUGUAUGCUUUUUGAAAGAGAGACUUCAUAUGAGACAGUUCUCUCUUCUUACCAGUAUGUCAAAUAGAGUCUGUUCACAAUAUGCUGCUUAUGGCAAGGAGAAAUCAAGGCUCAGUCAUCUCAUCAAAUUAGCCCAGAAAGUGCCUACUGCUGAUCUGGAGGAUGUUUUGCCACUAGCUGAAGAUAUUACUAGAAUCCUCUCCAAAUGUUGUGAGUCUACUUCUGAGGAUUGCAUGGCCAAAGAGCUGCCUGAACACACAGUAAAAAUAUGUGACAACUUAUCCACAAAGAAUUCUAAGUUUGAAGAUUGUUGUCAAGAAAAAACACCUAUGGACAUUUUUAUGUGCACUUACUUCAUGCCAGCUGCCCAACCACCCCAACUGCCAGAUGUCCAGUUCCCCACAAAUAAAGAUGUGUGUGAUGCAAAAAACACCAAAGCCAUGGAUCAGUAUGCAUUUGAACUAAGUAGAAGGACUCACAUUCCAGAAGUAUUCCUCAGCAAAAUACUCACACUAACCCUGAAAACCCUUAGUGAAUGCUGUGACUCUCAAAAUCCUGCUGCUUGUUUUGUUACUAAGGGUUCUCUAAUGAAAAGGAAACAAUCUCUUUUCCUCGACAAGGGACAAGAAUUGUGUGCAGAUUAUUCAGAAAACACAUUCACUGAGUACAAGAAAAAACUAGAAGAGCGACUAAGAGCAAAAAUGCCUAACCCCACACCCGUGGAGCUGACAGGGGUGGUUGACAAGCUUUCAGACUUUGCCUCCAAGUGCUGUUCCAUAAAUUCACCUCCCCUCUACUGUGGCUCACAGAUUGAUGCUGAAAUGAAAGAUAUACUGGAGGCCGACGCGUUCAUCUUAUCUUAGACCUACCACAGGAACCACCCUGAAGGAUGACCUCAGAUGGCCAAACCUAAGCAAACCACCAGGCUCCUAGGGGGAACACGAGGAUACUCCUUUAACCUGCCACAGUGUCUUCAUACAAAUGAUAAACAUGAUGAUUUGCUAUCAGAAUAAAUCGAAAUAUAAUGCAAACCAAAAAUGCAA